AUGCAUACUAUGUGGCCCAAUAUCAGUGCUGCCCCAUUUCUUCUGACUGGCUUCCCAGGACUGGAAGCAGCUCACCCCUGGAUCUCCAUCCCCUUCUUUGCCAUCUAUGUCUCUGUGCUUCUGGGCAAUGGCACACUCAUCUACCUCAUCAAGGAUGACCACAAUCUCCAUGAACCCAUGUACUAUUUCCUUGCCAUGCUGGCAGGAACAGAUCUUACAGUUACACUGACCACAAUGCCCACUGUAAUGGCAGUCCUGUGGGUGAAUCACAGAGAGAUAAGACAUGGGGCCUGCUUCUUACAGGCCUACAUCAUUCACUCCCUUUCCAUUGUGGAGUCAGGGGUCUUGCUUGCCAUGUCUUAUGAUCGCUUUGUUGCUAUCUGCACACCUCUGCAUUACAACUCUACUCUUACCAAUUCCAGGGUUAUAAAAAUAGGACUUGGGGUAGUAAUGAGAGGCUUUUUAUCUCUUGUACCUCCAAUCCUGCCACUCUUUUGGUUCCCAUACUGCAGUUCCCAUGUUCUUUCUCAUGCCUUCUGUCUCCACCAAGAUGUCAUGAAACUCGCAUGUGCUGACAUCACCUUCAACCGCGUGUAUCCAGUUGUUUUGGUUGCCUUGACUUUCUUUCUUGAUGCACUGAUCAUUGUCUUUUCUUAUGUCCUCAUUCUGAAGACAGUUAUGGGCAUAGCCUCUGGAGAGGAGAGAACAAAGGCCCUCAACACCUGUGUCUCCCACAUUAGCUGUGUCCUGGUCUUUUACAUCACUGUGAUUGGUCUGACCUUCAUCCACAGGUUUGGAAAGCAUGCCCCACAUGUGGUGCAUAUAACCAUGAGCUAUGUCUACUUUCUCUUUCCUCCCUUUAUGAACCCCAUCAUUUACAGCAUCAAGACCAAGCAGAUUCAGAGGAGCAUCAUCCAUCUAAUAUCUGUAUAA